AGGUUGAAAGCAACGUAUGGGUAUGGGAGACCCAUAUGUGCCAGCUGAUCACCUUUCUCCUUCUUCGAUCGUCGAGAAAUACGUACUCGAUGGAAGUGACGGAGUGAUCAAAUUUGCCAAUGGCAACAAUGUCAGUCUAUCUUUGGCUCUGGAAUCGCAGACAAGGGAACGUGACAGUGCUCGCAUUCAUACUACUACCAUCAGCGACUAUAAGGGCGAUAUUCGUGCUCUGAAAGGGCGCUUCCUCGCAGUUCAGGGAGAUCUUAUCGCUUUUCGAUUCUUCAAUGAGAACACGGGUGAUGUUAUUCGCAUAAUCAACAGAGUUUCAAGGAAUCGUCGUUUGAUCAAGGGUUUUUCGAAAGCUCCAGUGGAUCUUCGCUUUGCCACACAUCUUCCUUUCCUUGCCGUUGUAGACGGCGAGUCAAAUCUUCAUGUUUAUUCGGUCACUGCAGACUGCCAGGAUGUUGAAACCUAUAUCACUAUCAUGAAUUGGCCUGAUGGAGGCUCGGAUAGUACUCCACGCGUUGUAUGGUGCCCAUAUGUAGCUGAAAAUCCUUCUGAUCCUUCGGAUGUAGUCAACAUGGUUGCGCUUUUCAAGAAAAAUAAAGUCUACGUCGUCAACCUGAGUGUACUGAAGGAGCGGGGCUCACGAAUGACGUUCGAGGAAGCAAUGGGAGUAGAGGAAGCUAUACUUUCUGUCGAAAUGGAAGAGGAGGUUACUGCGGUUUGCAUCUCUCCUGAUUCGACUGCUGUAGCCAUCGCUCGCGCUGAUGGAGUGGUGUCCUUCUAUGUCAUGAACUCCAACGAAAGUGAACUGAAGUUUGCUCACACGUGGAAUCCUCAGAUGAAUCGCCCAAUUGUCGAGUUAUUCUUUCUUGAUGGGGCUCGACAGUCUAAAAAUCAAGAGCAAUUCUGGCGGCAUUGCCUCGUAGUUGCUGAAGGCGGCCGGCGCUUAGCGUUAUUUGAAUGUGAAGAUUGGCGUUGCUUGGGACGUGUUCGCUUUGAGUCGUCCGUUGAGAUCGCUACGUUCGCCGUGCACGUGGACCCACAAGCUCGCUACGCUCAUAUCUUGGAUGUGGAUGGAUCGAAUGUGUUUUGCGUAGAACUUGAGUACGCUGAGCAUCCGCGUUUUGCUGGUGUCACACAAGUAACAUUUUCACAUCCAAUAGUUGCCAUCGUUCCUUAUGAGGUUGAUACAGAAGAGAAGCACGAGUCAAGCGUCGAUUACUCACUGGAUGAUGAGUUUGACAACGAUCGGAAUCGCAAUGAAGUGCUAGCUCAUUACAUUGCGAUAGGCCAUCGCAGCCUUCUUCAACUUGAUGUACAUUUGGAAUUGGCGGAACAACAAAAGUCUUCAACAGAUGUCAUGUCUGCAAUCAAAACUGAAGUUGACAACGAUGGCGCUGAGCGCAGAAGAAGCGAAGGCCCCAGCGAUCUGUUGACGGUAGUACCACCAGCUCCAGCAAACUCCACACCAACGGUGAAUUAUGAGAAGAUAAUGGAACAACUGAAAGAAAUGAAUGAAAAGAUUGAACAACUGUCUGUUCGUGUGGAGCGUGCUGAUAGUGAACGACGCUCAGCUGCCACAAAUGAACAUAUUCUUACGCAGCUCCAAUGUUUUAAGGAAGAAUUUUCGUUACGAGAGGACCGAUUAUUAGCUAACGUAUCCGACUUGAUUGAAACGAAUCACCGCGAAACCAUUAACGUCGUUCGAAAUGCACUCAACGAGAACUCUGUUGCUGUCGAGAAUUCUAUUCAAGCAAAUCAUAAGCUGAGCGCGGAUGCGGUCUCACAUCGUGUGACCGAACGUUUACGAGAAUCGCUGACAACGAUGGUGGUACCUGCCAUAGAACGGAUUUGUGCGCAGCUUUUCAAACAGCUCAACGACAGUUUCCGCCAUGGCCUUGAGCAGUAUCUGCAACAGAUGAGAGCGCUGCAAACGGCCACGCUCGCAGCAGUUGCAGCCAGUGCUACUCCAGCUCCAUCUCUUUCGGUCGGAGCAGAUCGACAAGCUCUUGCGCAUAUGAUCAAAAAUAACCAGAUUCCACUCGCUUUUGAAACUGCGCUGAAUCAAGGCGACCAAGCAGCGCUUGAGUUUGUAUGCAACAACGUGGAUCCUGAUGAACUGUUCCGUUUUCCUUGUACUCUCUCACAACCAGUGCUGCUAUCCCUUUUACAGCAAUUAUCUUUACGACUCGACUCGGAUACCGAUCUGAAGUUCCGGUACAUGGAACAUAUAGUGGAUGUUCUCAAACCGCAUGACGACGAUAUCGGAGUUAUGGUGCCCAAAGUGACGGAAGAUCUGCUUCAAAGUCUUACAGAGUUCCAAAAUCUCACACCGAAUGCUACAUUGAAACGACAAGCUCGGGUUUUGAGCCAGCUAGUGAGAAAUUUGAGAAAAAUAUAAUCACCAAGUAUAAUGAAAAAAUCUAGCUGAGACGUGUACAGUUCAAAAAAAAACUAUACCAAACAAAAAAAUUUUGGUUCGUGCCUUUGUAGGUUAUUGUAUUUCUUUCAUUUAUAAUCAGUUGCAGCUUGACAGUUUUUAGUCAUGUAAGUUAUAUAUCCUCUAAUUUGUAACCAUUGCUCAUUCUUAAGAAAUAGUUAUUUUAUAAGUGUAUGCACCGAUUUAGUCGAUCCUUUUUGCAGAUAGCUUCGUAUAGUUUGUAGAUUAGAGUUUGAUAUCAGAUGUUCUACGCUUUCACUAUGUUACAACAGAUUAGCAGGUACAAGUGCAAGAAUGGCUGCUAUCUGCAUAGCGGCUGUUGUGAUUUCAUUUGUAGUCCAAACGUCACUCUGUACAAUUUCCCAUAUGAUCAAAAAGCCGGUGUAUACCAAAAAGUGGGUUUACUUUACUGUAAUAAAUAUUUGCCCCAC